AUGGCGGAUACGUUACCUGCAUGUUAUAAGGUUUAUGUGACUAAUCCUAAUCGAAUCUGGCAAACUGAUAACGUCUUAAAAAAGGAGCUUCCCACUCUCGCUUUUCAAAUUGCCUUUACCGUUUUGCUGUCUCGUCUUUUCUACCUUAUCUACAAACCUUUCCGUCAAACUCGUCUUAUUGCACAAAUAUCUGUUGGUUUCCUACUAACUCGACCAUUACUUGGGAGAUCCGCAGCAGUUUUUGAGUUCAUAUUUCCUGUAAACGGAGUCCUUAAUAUCGAAGUCUUGGCACACAUUGGUCUCAUAUUCUAUGCAUUCCUCAGUGGUUUGGAGAUGAACUUAAACAACAUUCUACAAGUAAAAAAGAAAGCCGCAAGCAUCGCAAUUGCGGGGAUCAUAUUCCCCAUGGUGAUGGCACCGGCCUUGUAUGUUCUACUUCGAAAAUUUUACGGCAAAAAUGAUGUAAAUAUACACCUUGAAGAAAGUACAAGUAGUGCUUUUUUAAUUUGGAGCGUGGUUCUCACCGUUACAGGUUUUCCUGUCUUGGCUCACACACUUUCUGAGCUCAAGCUCCUUUACACUGGUCUUGGCAAAGCAGCUUUAACAGCAGCCAUGAUCGGUGAGACCUAUGGUUGGAUUCUUUUCACUUUAGUGGUUCCAUUUGCAAUCAAUGGUGAAAAAGCUGUGUACUCGGUGCUAAGCACGACAUUGUUCAUUGUUGUUUGCGUAUUUGUGGUACGUCCAAUCCUUGCAAGGAUCAUUGAUCGCAAGACAGAAAAGGAUGAGUGGGAUGAUAACCAAUUAAUCUUUGUGGUGAUGGGAGUUCUUGCUUGUUCAUACAUUACAGAUAUUCUUGGCGCACAUGGCAUUGUGGGGGCUUUUGUAUAUGGAUUGAUUUUACCUCAUGGUAGAUUUGCAGAUCAUCUCAUGUCCAUUUUAGAUGAUUUUGCUGGCGGGUUUCUAGCGCCACUCUUCUUUGGUGGCACUGGAAUGAGACUUAUGUUGGCCACUAUUUUCCUCGAAGGACAUUGGCCCAUGACACUGCUUGUUAUACUCUUGUUGUGUACUCUAAAGAUUUUAAGCACUAUAUUCGUCACUUUCUUCUUUGGUAUGCGCACUCAAGACGGUUUAGCCCUAGGCUUGCUUCUCAAUACCAAGGGCGCCAUGGCACUCAUAAUGCUAAACAUUGCUUGGGAUAGAUCGAUUUUUUCUGUACCUACCUAUGCUGUUGUUACUUCAGCUGUUCUUCUAAUGACUGUAGCAGUGUCUCCUAUCAUCAAUGCUGUGUACAGACCGAGAAAGAGAUUUGAGCAGAACAAGCUGAAGACAAUACAGAAACUAAGACUUGAUGCAGAGCUUCGAAUUCUAGCAUGUGUCCACAAUACUCGCCAAGCCACAGGCAUGAUCAGCAUAAUUGAAUCUCUCAAUGCGACCAGACUUUCCCCUAUACAUGUUUUUGCCUUGUAUCUUAUUGAACUCACUGGACGUGCUGCUGCACUUGUUGCUGCGCACAUGGAGAAGCCUAGUGGCCAACCUGGAGUACAAAAUCUGACAAGAUCACAGGUAGAGUUAGAAAACAUUGCCAGCACCUUCGAUGCAUUGGGAGAGGUAUAUGAUGCUGUCAGAAUUGAGACCUUAAAUAUUGUGUCAGCCUAUUCAACCAUUCACGAGGACAUAUACAACUCGGCUAGUGAGAAAUUCACAAGCUUGGUCCUCCUUCCAUUCCACAAACAAUUAACCUCAGAAGGCACACUUGAAAUGACCAAUGCUGCUUACAAAGAAAUAAACCAAAAUGUAAUGCAAUUUGCACCUUGUUCUGUUGGAAUCUUUGUUGAUCGUGAUUUCGGAUCAAUUCCAAAAAAGGGCCUCAGAAUUCUUAUGCUCUUUGUUGGAGGCCCUGAUGAUCGUGAAGCAUUAGCUAUUGCAUGGAGGAUGGCAGGACAUCCAGGAAUUCAACUAUCAGUGGUUAGGAUUUUUUUGUUGGAUGAAGCAGCAGAAGUUGAUACUUCAAAUCACGGGGAAGCACAAGGGAUAUUAUCUGCUGUUAUGGAUAAUGAGAAGCAGAAAGAGUUGGAUGAUGAGUAUGUGAGUUCAUUUAGACUUACCGCAGUGAACAAUGAGGACUCUAUAUCAUACUCAGAGAUUGAUGUCCAUAGUGGUGAAGAUAUUCCCUCGGUCCUCAAUGAUCUAGAGAAAAACGGUUGUGAUUUAUACAUUGUUGGACAAGGGAAUUGUAGGAACUCUCGCGUGUUUUCGAAUUUGUUAGAGUGGUGUGAUUGCUUAGAACUCGGAGUUAUAGGGGAUAUUUUGGCUUCGAACAAUUUUGGUUCGCGCUCGUCUUUGUUGGUUAUUCAACAAUAUGGCUAUGGAGGGAUGGUAUUUGGAAAGGAUGCCAACCAUUUGGCCAACACUAGCAAUGGAUUUGAAUCACUUAUCGUGAAGACAGAAUAA